AUGUCGUCCGUUCAGCAGCGCAAGAAUGAGAUUUUAGCCAAGCGAGCUAAGCUUGCGGAGCUGAAGAAACAGCGUGAGUUGCGUCAAAAAGAGUUCACCACCACUAGGAACAGUGUUGGGGAUGCUUCAGAGCUUGCCUCUCCAGCCCCUACUAGCCGCUCUGCUGAUAGCAGAGCAGAGCUCGAUGAUUUGAUUUCUCGUUUGGUAGACCGCCCGGGGUCGGCAUCCCAGAGCCACGGCGCGGAGGGCCUAUCGCGGAGAGGAAGUCGCCCAAAUUCAGUACUCAGUGCUAGCCAGCUCAGCGGGGAAAAUGCAGAGAAUUACGCGCCCUCGCCGAGACCGCAAUCUACAUCCAUUGCCGUGCAGACUGUUGGGGAGGAGCCAUACACCACUUCCGCACCCGAAAUUCAAGUCCGGUCCGCCCCUGAACCCAAGACCGAAGUUGUCACCUACAGCAAAGCCGUGCAAACAGAUGAACUGGAUCAGGAGGAUGAAACCGUUGAUGGAUCUGUUGCUUCUGAUGGUGAGGAGCAGGCUGGAACCACACGGUCGAACAAGCGUGUCAGUCGACGGGACCGUGAGCGGGACGAUGAGAUCCGAGAGAAGAUCCGCAAGGAGAUCGAAGAGGAAUUGCAGGCGACCGGUCAAGAAGGAAUUGAUGUGCAAAAUGCGGCAUCUGCACAAUUACGAUACCCUCUGCGUACACUGGACGAUGACGAGCUCAAGGCCGUGACGUCGUCAAACGAUUUCUUGGAUUUUGUCGAGCGCUCAUCAAAGGUUAUUGAGCGAGCUUUGGACGAGGAUUAUGAUGUUCUCGCAGACUAUGAACUGGGCGGUGUCGACGGGGAUUUGGAAGAAGAUGAGGAGACCGGCAAGAAGAGGAGAGGCAUUCGCGAGGUCUGCCAGUUCUACGACGAGCGAUGGAGCAAGAAGCGAAUGAUUAGUGACAUCAGCUUCUCACCCAAGUUCCCGGAAUUGGUCCUGGCAUCGUACACCAAGAACCCCUCUGCGCCUCACGAACCAGACGGCCUCGUUCAGGUCUGGAAUCAACACCUGCAAUCUCGCCCAGAAUAUGUGUUCCACUCUACUUCCGACAUCCUUACAGCCAAAUUCUCUCCUUUCCAUCCCAAUCUUAUUGUGGGAGGCUCGUAUUCAGGACAGGUUCUCCUGUGGGACACCCGUUCCUCGCGCGCCGGCGGCGGCGCCCCCGUUCAAAAGACACCACUGACCGGGUCCGGCCAUACUCACCCGGUUUACAACAUCUCAAUUAUCGGUACUCAGAAUGCACACAACAUUCUAACCGCCUCCACCGACGGAGUAGUCUGUGGAUGGUCGGUGGAUAUGCUCUCCCAACCACAGGAGUACCUCGAGCUGACCACUCCUCCACCCUCCAAAACGGAGGAUCUCGCACCAACCACCAUGUCAUUCCCUCAGUCUGACCCAACCUUCUUCAUUGUCGGUACCGAAGAGGGAGGCAUCUAUCCCUGCCACCGGUAUGACCGGGCGGGAGCAAAAGCCGGCAUCGAUUACCGCCUCACAUAUCGCGGGCACGCAGGACCGAUCAUGUCUACAGCAUUCCACCCCGCCCGCGGACCCGUUGAUCUGGGCGACCUGAUGCUGAGUUCCAGUCUGGACUGGAGCGUGAAACUCUGGCGAGUGCGUCCCCCGGCGACCACUGCCUCCAUUACAUCCGGUACAGCCUCAGCGCAAGCCAUCUCGCCGAUUCUCGACAUCCCUCGUGAAGACGUGGUGUAUGACGCGCGCUGGUCCCCACACAGACCAGGCGUAUUUUCGCUCGUCGACGGUGCAGGCAACGUCGAAGUAUGGGACCUGCAUGUAGACACCGAGGUUCCCGUCGUGAAGGCCAGCCCCUCGCGCGGACCUGGCGGCGUCCUAUCCCGCAGCCUGAACAAGGUUGCGUGGGAAGAGCGGGAAGGCAGGCGAUUGGCAACCGGUGGACUCAAUGGCGUGGUCACCGUCUUCGAGGUUGGAAAGGGUCUGGGAGGGCCUCCGGAAGAAGUACCCGCUGACGAAUGGACGGGCAUGAAGAAGUUGGUGGCGAAACUGGAACAAAAGGAUCGUGUGGCUUAA